UUCCCGAUAUUUUUGUGGCUGUGGCUGUUGGAACACCUUUUUGUUGCUAUUCCGGUACUUCUCUGUCAUUGUGAUUCUCGGAACAACAGUUUUUUUUGGUUUGCAAUUUAUUUUUAGUGUGGGGAGGUUGAUUGGAACAACUUUCUGUUGCUGUUUCUGGUGCUUCUUUGUCCUUGUGAUUCUCGGCACAAUAGGUUUCUUGGUUCAAGAUUUAAUUUGUAGUGCAGGAAGGUUGAUCUUGGUUCUUGCUGUUGUUGGUUCUGGUGCUUCUUUGCCCUUAUGAUUCUUGGCACAACAGGAUUGUGCACCCAAUCCUAAUAAAUCCAAUGAUUCAACGACUUGUCCUUCAUGGGCUGUGCUUGAUGCUCGGAUUGAGCCGCAUAUUGUCCCCAACUUACGACCUUAUCGCACCGUUUAAUCCACGUGGACUUAUUUAAAAGCAGUAUAUCAUCAAGAUAACAAUGCCCGUCGUUUUCAAUUAGGGCAUGCGAUUGCCAUAUUUCAACAUGACAAUCGUUCCAUCCAAGACUAUUAUUCGGCAUUUUUGACUCUUUGGAACGAAUAUUCCAAUUUGGUUACCGCGGAUGUUCCUGUUGCCUCUCUUCUCAUUGUUCAACGUCUUCACGAGACUAAUCGUCGUGAUUAGUUUCUUAUGAAACUCGGCCUUGAGUAUGAAUUUGUUCGCUCUUCUUUGUUGAAUCGUUCUCCUGUUCUUUCUCUUGAUGUUUGUUUUGGUGAGUUACUUCGUGAAGAACAACGUCUUAGUACUCAAGUUACUCUGACACAAUCUCAUGUAGUUCAGGUUCCAUCCCUGUGGCUUAUGUUGCUCAACGAUGAGGACCGCCUGCGCAUUCUAGCAUGUUGCAGUGUUUUUGCUGCAAAGAAUUUGGGCAUAUGGCUGCUAAUUGUUCUAAGAAAUACUGCUCUUAUUGCAAGAAGAAGGGUCACAUUAUCAAAGAAUGUCGUAUCCGCCCGCAGAAUUGUCAGGCCCAAGCAUUACAGACUUCUGUUAUUGUACCCCCCACAAUGACUUUUGCGGCCCUUGGCUCUUCUUCAGGCGAAUCCUCUAUUCCUGCACCUCCUACAGCGAAUUACUGCACACCCAAAAUGGUGCAACGGAUGCUAAUUUCAGCAUUAUCAGCAAUGGGGCUCCAAGGACCAAGUAAUGGGGGGAGCCGAUCGCGAAGGGACCUAAAGUGGGGCGCUUGUGUCCACUACUUUUGCUUGUCCCAGCACUUUCUUCAGUUUCUUCUAUUAAGUCUUUUGUUUGUAAUAAUGUUUCAGAUCUUAGUAUUGUGUGGCAUUGUCGUUUAGGCCAUCCCAAUACACAGUCUUUUCUCAUGUAUUGAACUCUGGUUUACUUGGUAAUAAAAAAACAUUAUUCUUU